ACUUCAAUACGUUAGCCACACCUCUAAAAAGGGUGGGGCUGGAUUGCAGGCUUUAUUUUUAGCAAAAAUAAAAGAACCUUUUGUGUAACUCUUUCUCCUUAGCCUUAUGAUGAAAUACUACGGUGGAGUACUAGGUGGUGGCAGCCAUACUGAUGCUGUCAUUAUAAAUCAAAAUGGUGAUAUAUUGGGGCAGGCUACUGGAGGAGGGUCCAAUCCUUGGCAAUUUACGUUUGAAGGUUGCGUUAAUGUUAUUCACGAGCUUUUGGUUAAAGCAAUGGAUGCAGCUGGAGUCAAAGGGACACUGGAAUCUAUUGGUUUAUCAUUAAGUGGUGGAGAGCAGAAGGAAGGCCAAGAAAGAAUCAAAUCCGGACUUUUAUCAAAAACUCCUCUCCUUAGUUCUAACGUGUACGUAACCACUGAUACCUUUGGUCCUAUUGCCGCUGCCUUCCCCUCUGGUGGCAUGGUCCUGAUAUCAGGGACUGGAUCAAACUGUGAGCUCGUUAAUCCUGAUAAUAGCACUCAUCGCUGUGGGGGGUGGGGCCACAUGCUUGGAGAUGAAGGAUCUGGUUAUUGGAUAUCACACAGAGCUGUUAAACUGGUCUACGACAUUGAAGAUGGUUUUAGACAAGCACCAGCUGGUACUGACAUAAAGAUAUUAAAAGAUGAAGUUUACAAAUACUUUAAUAUUAAGGACAGAUUUGACAUCUUGGAUUUCAUUUAUGAGAAGUUUUCAAAGUCUCACAUUGCCAAAUUGUGCAAAAUAUUAUCUGACGUUGCCAAGGAGACUAAGGAUCCUAUUGUUACUCAGUUAUUCUAUGAUGCUGGUUUUGAGCUGGGACGACAUGUUAUGGCUUUAGUACCAAAAGUUGACUCAGUGCUUAUCAAAGAGAUGAAUGGGUCUAUUCCUGUACUGCUUGAAGGAGCAGUUUUUAACAGUUGGGAUCUUUUACAAUCAGGUUUUGAAGCAGCUGUUUCUUCUGCCACUGUUCCCAUUACUUUGUACAUGCUGGUUGGAAACUGCUCUGGAUCAGUUGGUGCUGCUAUUUUAGGAGCCAAAGCUGCUGAACUCUCUCUAGACAUUGACUACAAAAAGAACAGCUCUCUAUUCUACACUACGUCACCUAAAACAAGCUAGAAGCAAAAACAUUAUUGCUUUUUUGGAAAGAUUUAAUUUUUGAA